AUGAAUUCAUCAUUGCAUGAUCAACAUGAACGUAAUAAAUCUACCGGUGAAGUACAAUCACUUGCUGAAGAUUUAAAAGACUUUCGAAUGGGUGAUCGAGUACAACACACACGACCAGAAUCUAUUAAUAAAAAACAAAAGAAAGAUGAAGAUCAUUCAUCAACAUAUGAUAUAAAUCGAUUUAAAAGGCAAACAUUACUUAGUCAUUUAACAGAUGAUACAUCGACUAUUUUAUAUCAACCAAAAACUUAUGAAACAAAACAAGCAUAUGAAACUUUACUUAAUUUUAUUCAAGAAACUAUUGGUGAUCAGACACAAACUAUUUUACGUAGUGCUGCUGAUGAAAUAUUAAUUUUGCUUAAAGAUGAUAAAUUAAAUAAUCAAGAUCGUAAAAAACGAAUUGAAACAUUAUUAAAAUCAGGAAUUUCUGAUGAACAUUUUAAUUCCCUUGUCAAUCUAAGUAAAACAAUUACUGAUUGGUUAUCCAACAAUGAAAAUGAAACAAUCGAUGAAGCAACUGGUGUUCCUAUUCAAUUUGAAGGUUCAAGUGAUGAUGAUGAUGAAAAUGAAGAUGACAUUUCCGAUGUUGAAGAAAUUCAAAUGGAUGAUAAUAUUCAAGAAACAAAUUAUUGCAUAAGAAGUAGUGAUUUAACUCGAACAGAUAGAACAUUACAACCGCAUACGAUUGAUGCAUUUUGGCUAGAACGUAAUUUGAGUAAAAUCUAUUCGAAUGUUACAGAUGCAAAAAUCAAAGCUGAAGAAGUCCUUGAUAUUCUUAAAACAGCAUCGAAUAAUCAUGAAUUAGAAAAUAAACUUAUUAUUUUACUUGGUUUCGAACAAUUUGAAUUUAUUAAAACAUUGCGAAUGUAUCGACAAAUGAUUCUGUAUUGUACUCUACUUGCAAGAGCACAAAAUACAUUAGAAAAAGCAGAAAUUGAAGAAUAA